GUAGAUCAAAGAUCUCCGCUUUGUUCUCCACCAAAGACAAAGCUGGGAGAUAGGGGGAAAAUGGAGCGGCCGUGGCUGUGGAGCUUUGUAAUUCUGUUACAAGUCUGUGAUUUGAAUUCCGUUGAUGCGGCAGGCAAACAGUGGCAAAAAAUUCGAGAAAAGAUCUCUGAAGCUAUUAAAGGAUACAUCCCAUGCAACCCUGUCAACUGCAGCUGCCAUCUCAGCGUCCUUCAAGAUGACUUGCAGCCCUUUAAAGGGGGUGUUUCAGAGACUGUCAUGGCUGCUGCUGUUCAGAAGGGGGUGGGCACCCACUACCAGGUCAUUGGACACAAGCUUUACAGAGAGCACAGCUGCAUGUUCCCCGCAAGGUGCAGCGGAGUGGAACAUUUCAUACUGGAGGUGAUCGACCGGCUACCCGACUUGGAGGUGGUGGUAAAUGUCAGGGAUUACCCUCAAGUGCCCAACUGGGCCAAACCGACGCUGCCCAUCUUCUCUUUCAGUAAGACUUCAGAUUAUAAAGACAUCAUGUACCCAGCGUGGACAUUUUGGGAAGGUGGACCCGCCGUGUGGCCCAUUUAUCCCACCGGGCUGGGAAGAUGGGAUUUGAUGAGGGAUGAUAUGACAAAGUCUGCAGCUCAAUGGCCGUGGCACAAGAAAGAGUCCAAAGGGUUCUUUAGAGGCUCCAGAACCAGCUCAGAGCGCGAUCCCUUGAUCCUCCUGUCCAGAGAAGAUCCAGAACUGGUGGAUGCAGAGUACACCAAGAACCAGGCCUGGAAAUCAGAGAGGGAUACCCUUGGGAGACCCCCAGCUAAAGAGAUCCCCUUAGUCAAUCACUGCAAAUACAAGUACUUAUUUAACUUCCGGGGUGUGGCAGCAAGCUUUCGCUUCAAGCAUCUGUUCCUCUGCGGCUCCCUGGUCUUCCACGUGGGGGACGAGUGGCAGGAGUUUUUUUACCCUCAGCUCAAGCCCUGGGUCCACUACAUCCCGGUACAGCAGGAUCUCUCAGAUGUCAGGGAGCUUUUGCAGUUUGUCAGAGAGAACGACGCAGUCGCACAGGAGAUCGCCGCGAGGGGUAAGGAAUUCAUCCUGGAGCACCUCCGAAUGGAAGACGUCUCCUGCUACUGGGAGAGACUCCUGAGGGAGUUCAGCCAGCUUCUCACCUACAAACCUAAAAGGAAGAGCAACUACAACGAGAUUGUCCUCAAAUCCAGCAGAACAGAGCUAUGAGGAAGAGCCUUUGCAGAACCAGGGCAGCUAUAAUGAGAAUAGACUCGAUAUAAAUAAUGUAACAGUUGGUUUUCCUUGUCUAAAAAAAAAAAGAAAAAAAGUGAUGAUUGGAAUCAAAUGUUUUU